AUGAUGACCGUGGAUGCAAUUAGUAAGGUAGCUAUUGUUGCACAGCUGCCCGCUAUCCGGUAUCGUCAUGCCGAAUCCACUUGCUCUGAGAUCAAAACGGGUCUCGUUGAUGGCGGUACAGUUAGGUAUCAUUGUUUAUGGAGUGGUUGCGAGAGUAUUUUCGAGACGGCUGAUUAUCUUUAUGAUCAUGUCACUGAACUUCAUAUCACCGUUUUACGGGAUUUGCCACCUAAACCUUCAAAGUCUAAGCAGCAAGAACAAGAAGAUGAUGAACCCAUCAGAUGUCAUUGGGAUGACUGCGCAAUGUUUCUCCGACGAGGAGAUCAGCAGAAGAAAGUGUGCUGGCUCGUAGAUCAUUAUCGAACUCGUCAUGCCCGAUGUGCUAAUCCUUUUCAUUGCGUUAUUGAAGGAUGUCAGAUGCGUUUUUCAACAACGUAUAGGUUGGAGGAACAUGUUCGUCUCGAACAUAUCAAUCCGCCCAAGCCAGUCAAAGAAACUCCGGUCGUUGUGAAGAGGGAGAGCUGCUACGGUUGGCGGCCACGAGUGUACUAUCCAGUUCGCCCUCGUCCGACAAUAUACUGCCCUCAUUUCGAUGAAAGGCUUUUAAAGUGUGUUCGCAUGAUGAAUAAGCAUAAUUUCAACGUCGCUUUUUCUCCUAUCGACUUCCAUAGUGAUCUGAGAGGCUCUAAGCGAAGGAAGUGUCGAUUUCGUCAUGCUUAUCGAAUAGAGCCUUUGAGUUCAGUGCCGCCAAAGCUGACAAAACAAGAAGCGACUGCCUCAUAUGACGUAGAAAAGUUAAGAAAAGUGUCUAUCUUCGAUCUAUUCCCUCCUGUAGAGACACCGCUUCCAACGGAUGUGUCUCCUACCGAAGAAAUGACUGUCUGA